AUGCAUGCGCGCAUACUGAAUCUCUUUGCUGUCUUUGCACAGCUUUGUGCAGCGUACCCUCAUUAUGGAAACAAGAAUACGGAAAAUGCGCAAAAGACACGAAGUACUAGAUGGGCUUCCUCACAAGACAAGAAAGGCGUUUUCUUCUUGAAUCGCAUUGGUCCGACAGGAGGCUCCCUCUACACCGCAAAUGCCGACGGCACGGAGGAACAGAAACUGUUCGGCAACUCAACGUCGUUCUUUGACUAUCACGGCUCCAUCUCGCCGGAUGGGAAAUGGAUCUCCUUUACCAGUGAGCGUGUCGGGGACGGCCAAGCCGAUAUCUACCGCGUACCUUUUGGCGACGAAAUGGGUACAAAUGUCGAGUCCAUUGCCGCUACCGAACACGUCGAGGAUGUUGCCGUCCUCAGCCCCGACGGGUCGAGAGCUGCCUUUGUCUCUACCACAGAUGGCUACCGCGCCAAUAUCAUUGUUCAAGACCUGCAGACUGGAACACAGCUCAAGCUGACCAACAAUGACGACAUUAGCGGCAAUGCCAACAGUAGUAGUCCCAAUGGAUACUUUCGCCCCGCGUGGUCCCCAGAUGGCGAGUGGCUGGCCUUUUCGUCGGAUCGAAACACCCAGUGGCUCGGAUGGGGCAAUGGUACAGGGUGGGAGCAUACACAAGAGCUGGCCAUCUAUAUCAUCCGGUCCGACGGAAGCGGUGACCUUCGACAGGUCAUUGCCAAGAAAGGGUAUAGUCUGGGCUCGCCAAAGUUCUCGCCCGAUGGCCAGCGCAUCGUCUUUCACGAAAUGACCGUCGAGAAUACAUGGAACGCCCACAGCAUGAGUGUAGCCGACGCGGAAUCGCAGAUUGUUUCCGUCGAGGUUGACGGGACGGACAGAAUCGACCACACGUGGUGGGCUGGACUCAAGGUAUCUCCGCAGUUUGUGACGAAUGAUGUUAUUGGCUACGUGAUCAAAGCCGGGACGAGCGAGGGCGUCAACUAUACAUCCAUCUCGGGGAGUGCCCCGGCCGAUCUUGGUUACGCCCCAUUCACACGCAAGUCGCUGCGCUCUCCCUGUUGGUCUCCCGACGGGAAGAAAGUCUUGUACGAAAAGAUGAGUUAUGCCAGCCGUACCAUGGAACAGCCUCUCUACAGCUGGCAAGAGGAAUGGGAAUAUCGCUUCACCGACGAGUUCCCAGCACUAUCAAGGCAAGGAAAGCUGGCCGUCAAUGGCAACGGCAUCGUCACCAUGAACCCCGACGGCACCAACCAGACCACCGUCUACAACCCACAGACCGAGCUUCCCGUCCCGGGCAACGCCAGCGUCCACGUGAGCGGCCAGGCCAUGCAGCCCUCGUGGAGUCCCGACGGCGAGUGGGUGGCCUUUGGCGUGGGCGCGUUCUUCUGGUCGCGCGCCACCGGCACCGCCGUCAUUGCCCGCGGGACCGCCAACGGGACCUACCAAGAGGUGCUCACGGACGGGGCCGUCAACUCGGGCUUCCCCAGCUACUCGGCCGACGGGCGGUACAUAGUAUACCGCGAGUGGGGUGCGCGUUAUGGUCUGCGCCUCAUUGAUCUCCAGGACAAGAGCAUCAGCUCCGUGACCACGGCGGUGGAUAAUCUCCCGAGCUUCUCCCCCGAUGGCACGCGCAUUGUGACGACUCGCCACGUCGACGGGGCCAACUAUGAUGUCGUUACUUUGAAGCCGGAUGGAACAGAUGAGCAGGUAUUGACAGAUAGCCUCGCUAAUGAUGGACACGCUGUGUGGACUGAAGAUGGUCCGAUUCUGUAUAACACGGGUAUGUUUGGCUUCAAGGACGAAGCGGCUCUUUACGAUAGUACAUUCCAGCCGUAUGGCGUAAUCAUGCUCAUGAACAGCGAUGGAACCGACAAGCGAGUUCUGAGUGAGAGCUUGUGGGAGGACGGAAUGCCGAUAUACUAUUUAUGA